AUGGCAUUGGAAAUAUACUAUAAUCAAAUAAUUCAAUGGCUACUGGCAAGGAGAUAUUUACCAAAGGAUUGGGAGCUAUUGCUUUGUGAUAUAGAUCGUAAGUUGAUAGAAGUCUUAAAAAUUGAGCCUGAAACAAAGGAAGUAGCUACUACAAUAUAUAUAAAAUCAACCAAAAAGAAAUUUGGUUAUUUAGAGGCUAAAGCCUACUUAAAUUUACUAGUGAAUUCAGAAGAAGGUAGAAAAAGAUCAUAUUUUGGUGAUUAUUCGUCUAGGCUAAUAAAUGGAAUUCAGAAGGUCCUUAUACUAUAUGAAGAACAUAAUUUAUUUUUGGCACAAUGGAGCAAAGAAAUUAAUUAUUUGAUAAAAUUUAGGAUUCCAUCACUCGAAAGAACCCUUUUAGAGAAAAUAAGAAGAUUAAGUCAAAUUAGAAAAAAAAUUUUGGAAGUAAAAAGUGUACUUAAAAGCACAAUUUCAACAUUUUGGUCAUCUGCAGAAAAAUAUGGUUUAUCACGAAGUGAUUUUAAAAUGGAGUCGAAUAGGACUAUAGAUAAUGAGGACGAAUUUAAUGAUAUACCAUAUGAAUACUUAAUAGAGGUCAUUCAGAAGGGAGUGAAAAAUUACAUUGAAGCAAAUUUAAGAGAUUUACUUUGUCAGUUAUGCCAGUGCUGCAAUAAACUCGUAAAAAAUUAUUCUAUACACAAAACUUACAGAAUGUUGAAGGAGAACGCAAUACCUCAAAAUUCUGGCUAUAAAUUGAAGGACAUAGAGAUACUUCCAACUAUUUUAUCAGUGAUAAAUAAUAUUUCACAUGAUAGUGUAUUGAAGGAAUACGAUGCAGCAAGUAAAUAUCAUUAUAGAUGUAGAUUAGAUAGAAAGUUACUAAAUAAUAAUACGGAAUUUGUAGACUAUAAUGACAUAUCACCUACCUCAUUAAUACUGGACGAAUUAUUACUUGGCAUGAGUCCUGAAGAGUAUUUAUUGGCUAAAUGUCUAUUAAAUGAUAGUCAAUUCAUCCAUUGCCUACUACUUGAACUACAUGAAUGCAGUGCAUUUAUUAAACAAGCUGAAAGAAAUGUAAAUGGUAUCCAGUGUAUGUACAAUAGUUAUACAAGUGACUGUAAAGAUUUACAAAAUUGUUAUAGUUUGGUCCAACAUUUGAUAAAACUAUUAACAUCUAAUAGUACGCGUGAACUUAUUGACUAUUGGUAUGAUCCAUGCAAGGCAAAUAGAUUGUACUCUGAUGUCUUAGUUUCUAUCUUUCAUCAGACACACAGUCUAUUACUACAGAGGGAUUCACUAUAUAUGAAACAAAAUAGUUUGUCUGAGCAAAUUAAAACUUUAAAAGAUAAUAUAAAUUAUAUUAAGAAGAAGGAGUUGUUAAAUUACAUCUCACUUUUGCAAGAAAAUUUGAAGGAUCUAUUUAAUACAAAUAUUAUCAUUAUUGGAGCAAGAUGA